AAAUAAGCUAUGGCUUUUGUUUUUGAGUUGUAUGUUGAAAUGCUGAAUUAAUAAUAAAAUACGAAAUAUAAGAAUAGUUGCAUCUAGCCGGAAAAGUCUUCAUUCGAUAAUGCAUUCAUAAUUCAUCAUAGAUACCAGAUUUCACACAGCACUAUGGCAUUUAUGACCUUAGCACAUUUUCUUCAAAUCCUAGACAGGAGUUGGAGGAACCAAGAUGGCAACAAAAUAGCACAAUUCAUGUCUCUUCGCCAUGAUCAUGCCAAAUAUCCAAACUAUCAAGUAGAACAGCCUGAAGGUUUAGUAGACCGCUUUCUGACGUCUCCAUUAGAUGAAUUAGUAUGUCUACACUUGAAGUGUUUGUAUAGUAUUAGUAGAGAUGACUUUUUGAUGGCUUAUAAUCUUCAGAGCCAGCUCAUACAAUCAUUCACAAAAAUCCUGCAGGCACAGAAAGAUGAGAACUGGGCAUUGCCUAUUAUGUUCACAGUGUGCUCAGAUCUGAGGCUCAUAGCUCAAAGAGCAGAGAAGCAGAGAGUGGGGGCCUCAGAAAACCCAGGAGAAAUUCUAGAGAAGGCAGCAGAGUGUCUGAUGGGCUGUUUUCGAGUUUGUGCUGCUGAUAAUAGAUCAGCUGAGGAGGAUACCAAGAGGAUAGGAAUGUUGGGUCUGGUCAACCAGCUUUUCAAGGUGUAUUUUAGGAUAAACAAGUUACAUUUGUGUAAACCCUUAAUUAGGGCUAUUGAAUCUUCACCAUUCAAGGAGAGCUUUCCUUUGGGACAGCAAGUGACAUACAGGUAUUUUGUUGGUCGAAAAGCCAUGUAUGACAGCAACUACAAAGCAGCAGAUGAGUACCUCACCUAUGCCUUCCAGAAUUGCCACAGAACGAGCAGAAAAAACAAGCGCCUCAUCCUCAUCUACCUGGUGCCCAUUAAAAUGCUACUAGGCUAUGUACCGAGCAGAUAUGUUCUGGAGAAAUACGACGUUAUCCAGUUUUGGGACCUGGUGCAAGCAGUUUGUCAAGGAAAUUUGAGGCUGUUUGAUGAACUGCUGGAGCAGCAUGAGACAUUCUUCAUCAAAUGCGGGAUCUAUCUAAUAGUCGAUAAACUGAAAAUAGUUGCUUACCGAAAUUUGUUCAGGAAAGUUUAUCUGAUUUUGAAUACACAUCAAAUACCCGUGGAGUCUUUACAGUCAGCUCUAGAAUAUCUUGGACAAGAUGUAGAUUUAGAUGAGACCCAGUGUAUUGUAGCGAAUUUGAUAUAUGAUGGGAAAAUCAAAGGAUACAUUAGUCAUCAGCAUAGAAAAGUUGUAGUUAGUAAGCAAAAUCCAUUUCCUCCUUUGACAAGUCUCACAUGAGGUUAUCUCGAUUGGAAUUAAUGUUAUUUGUUAUGUCCGUUUUGUAUAAAUUUCAAUAUUAAAUGAUUUAAUAUCCUG